UAUCACACAUCAGAAGGCUUUUUGGCUUGAAACUUGUGUUUAUUUUCUUUAGCGGACAUCCAGUUAUCCUUGGUUCUAUCGUUAUUCUUGACAGGUACACAAUUGGAUAUAUAAGUGGCUGUGUAAUACCGAGGAAAGUCUAAAACUUGUUACAAAACGGUCCCUUGGACGAUAAAUACACUAGCGUAGGGGCUAGUAACGUUAGUAGUUAGCUAAUUCUGUAGCUAAUUAGCUAGCUAGCAACAACAAGGAAAGAUGGGGUCGAUUCUUAGCCGGAGAAUCGCUGGCGUUGAGGAUAUUGAUAUCCAGGCGAAUUCUGCAUACAGAUUUCCACCGAAAUCGGGGAAUUACUUUGCCAGCCAUUUUUUCAUGGGAGGGGAGAAAUUUGACACCCCCCAUCCAGAGGGUUACCUAUUUGGAGAAAACAUGGAUCUGAACUUCCUUGGAAAUAGGCCUGUACAAUUUCCGUACGUGACCCCGGCACCCCAUGAGCCUGUGAAGACCCUGAGAAGUCUGGUCAAUAUCAGAAAGGACUCCCUGCGCUUGGUCAGGUACAAAGAUGACACUGAUGCUCCAGUAGAUGAAGGAGGGAAGCCAAAGGUUCUGUAUGGUGUGGAGUUCACAUUUGACGCUGAUGCUCGUGUGGCUAUCACCCUGUAUUGCCAAGCUUUUGAGGAAUUCACCAAUGGGAUGGCAAUGUACAACCCAAAGGGCCCAGCCCUGGUUUCUGAGACUGUACACUAUAAGAGGGGUGUGAGCCAACAUUUCUCCCUGCCUUCUUUCAAAAUCGAUUUCACCGACUGGAAGGAGGAGGAUCUGAACUUUGAGCUGGACCGGGGUGUUUUCCCCAUGGUGAUCCAAGCUGUGGUGGAUGAAGGGGAUGAUUGCUUGGGACAUGCACAUGUGCUGCUGGCAGCCUUUGAGAGACAUGUGGAUGGCAGUUUCUCCGUCAAGCCUCUGAAGCAGAAGCAAAUUGUGGAUCGUGUGAGCUACCUGCUGCAGGAGAUCUAUGGAAUUGAAAACAAAAACAACCAAGAGACCAAGCCGUCGGAGGAUGAGAACAGUGACAACAGCAAUGAGUGUGUUGUUUGUCUGUCAGAUCUCCGAGACACCAUCAUCCUGCCCUGCAGACACCUGUGUCUCUGCAACUCCUGUGCUGACACCCUGCGUUACCAGGCCAACAACUGUCCUAUCUGCAGACUGCCCUUCCGAGCCUUGCUGCAGAUCAGAGCUGUGAGGAAGAAGCCUGGGCCGCUGUCCCCUGUCUCUUUCAGCCCUGUACUGGCUCAGACCAUGGACCAUGAUGAGCACUCGAGCUCAGACUCGGUUCCCCCAGGCUUUGAGCCCAUCUCUCUGCUGGAGGCCCUGAACGGCCUACACUCUGUGUCCCCCUCCAUCCCCCCCGCCCCCCUCUAUGAUGAUAUUAACUUCUCUGGGAGCCUGGUCGGGGAGGGCCGUCCGCUGGGCUCCCCAGAACACUCCGGUGACGGUGGCCUGCAGAAGGGCAAAGUCAGCAAGUCACCUGACAGCACCCUGAGGUCGCCCUCAUCACCCAUCCAAGAGGAGGAUGAGGAGAAGCUGUCUGAAAUGUCGGACACCCAGCCUCACACACUGCUCUCCAGCAGCCCUGCUCCCACCGAGGCCACUGCAGCCGAAGAUGUACCGGAGUCCAUCUCCCCAGAUGAUGAGGACAGGCUGCACUCUGGAGGAGAGAGACAGAUCCUUCAGGACUACAGCAGUGAACACAGCAGCCUGACCAAAACAGAGAGUGACCCGCCGGGGGACUUGUCUCUGCCAGGGUCAUCAGAGUCAACAGAGAGCCUGAAGAGUCAGAGUACCAACUGCUCCAGCCAGCCCCUCCUGUGUCCCCCCAGCAGCCUUCACAUGGAGGAUGAGCAACUUGACCCCUAACCUCUGGGCCCAACGGUUCUCCCUCUCUGGCUGAGUCCCAAUUCACUUUCUCGCAUGGAUUUAACAAUGGUGGAAACUCCCUCCAGUCAAUAAUUACACCAAUCCAAUGCUUUUAAAUCCAUGACGGGGAGUGUGAAAGUGCACAUUUAGACUGAAGGAUGAAACAUUGGGAUUUAGCCAUGGUCUCCUCCCAAGCCCAUCCCUCCCCCAUGAUCCAGUCCCCUUGGGCCUUGUAGAAGACCACUCUCCUACUUUGGUCACCGAUUCAUGCCAUAACUGGCAUUGAUUCAAAAUUUGGUUGUGGUGGUCACUGCAAGGAUUUACUAAAACCAUACUAUACCUUAACUAAAAAAACAACAAGUCCUUCAUUAGAUUGCUUUACAUACAGUUGAAGUCGGAAGUUUACAUACACCUUGGCCAAAUACAUUUAAACACAUUUUUUUCACAAUUUCUGACAUUUAAUCCCAGUAAAAAUUCCCUGUUUUAGGUCAGUUAGGAUCACCACUUUAUUUUGAGAAUGUGAAAUGUCAGAAUAAUAGUAGAGCGAUUUAUUUCAGCUUUUAUUUCUUUCAUCACAUUCCCAGUGGGUCAGAAGUUUACAUACACUUAAUUAGCAUUUGGUAGCAUUGCCUUUUAAAUUGUUUAACUUGUUUAACUCAAACGUUUUGGGUAGCCUUCCACAAGCUUCCCACAAUAAGUUGGGUGAAUUUUGGCCCAUUCCUCCUGACAGAGCUGGUGUAACUGAGUCAGUUUGUUGGCAUCCUUGCUCGCACACGCUUUUUCAGUUCUGCCUACAGAUUUUCUAUAGCAUUGAGGUCAGAGCUUUGUGGUGGCCACUCCAAUACCUUGUCUUUGUUGUCCUUAAGCCAUUUUGCCACGACUUUGGAAGUAUGCUUGGGGUCAUUAUCCAUUUGGAAGACCCAUUUGCGACCAAGCUUUAACUUCCUGACUGAUGUCUUGAGAUGUUGCUUCAAAAUAUCCACAUAAUUUUCCUCCCUCAUGAUGCCAUCUAUUUUGUGAAGUGCACCAGUCCCUCUUGCAACAAAGCACCCCCACACAUGAUGCUGUCACCCCAUGCUUCAUGGUUGGGAUGGUGUUCUUUGGCUUGCAAGCCUCCACCUUUUUCCUCCAAACAUAACGAUGGUCAUUAUGGCCAUUUCUCCAAAAAGUAUGAUCUUUGUCCCCAUGUGCAGUUGCAAACUGUAGUCUGGCUUUUUUAUGGCGGUUUUGGAGCAGUGGCUUCUUCCUUGCUGAACGGCCUUUCAGGUUAUGUCGAUUAUUGGACUCACUUUACUGUGGAAAUGGAUAUUUUUGUAGCUGUUUCCUCCAGCAUCUUCACAAGGUCUUUUGCUGUUGUUCUGGGAUUGAUUUGCACUUUUCGCACCAAAUUAUGUUCAUCUCUAGGAGACAGAACGCGUCUCCUUCCUGAGCGGUAUGACGACUGCGUGGUCCCAUGGUGUUUGUUCUUGCGUACUAUUGUUUGUACAGAUGAACAUGGUACCUUCAGGCGUUUGGAAAUUGUUCCCAAGGAUGAACCAGACUUGUGGAGGUCUACAAUUCUUUUUCUGAGGUCUUGGCUGAUUUCUUUUGAUUUUCCCAUGAUGUCAAGCAAAGAGCCACUGAGUUUGAAGGUAGGCCUUGAAAUACAUCCACAGGUACACCUCCAAUUGACUCAAAUUAUGUCAAUUAGCCUAUUGGAAGCUUCUAAAGCCAUGACAUCAUUUUCUGGAAUUUUCCAAGCUGUUUAAAGGCACAGUCAACUUAGUGUAUGUAGACUUCUGAGCCACUGGAAUUGUGAUACAGUGAAAUAAUCUGUAAACAAUUAUAGGAAAAAUGACUUGUGUCAUGCACAAAGUAGAUGUCCUAACCGUCUUGCCAAAACCUAUAGUUUAUUAACAAGAAAUGUGUGGAGUGGUUGAAACACUUAGGUUGGAGUCAUUAAAACUCGUUUAUGUAAACUUCUGACUUCAACUGUACAUUUAGGAGUAUGCAAUUGUUUGUCCAUUCUGGAUGGGGUUGUAGUGCAGUGGCGGACAUUGCAUGAUUCCAGUGGUUGAAUAUGACUACCAUCAUAUGGUGGUACUAGAAGCACACUCACUUUCAGUUUACUCUAAUCAAAUUACUGCUUGACACUAAUUGUUUUAGAGAGCAUUAAUACCAUUCCUGUUGUAUUCAUCUAAACUAAUAACCUUUUUAACAUUUUAUUUCUUGGUGCUUGUAUGAUAUGAAACGUUUUGGAAAGGAAACUUGAAACAUUUCGGUGGACAUUUGACAUGAUUAAACAUGACAAUUUAAUGGUGUCGUUUUUAAAGGUUCUGAGGAUUCAUUCAUUUUACUUUGUGAAAUGGUGAAUUCCUAUGUCAUAGCAAGUCAAAUUGAGGCAUUUCAUUUCAAGUUGUCUUCGACGUAAAUAUCUACAUUUGUUCGUUUUUAUACUGAAUUAUGUGAUGUCUUAUAUAUUUUACCUGUACUAGACAAUUAUGUAGGUUAAUUUGCAAAAUUGUAUAUUUGUGUAUUGUAGAAGAAAAUCUGUGGAUUCAAAUAAGGAGAUUAGUAGAUACAGCUACAUGCACAGUAUCUCAAAUUUAGCUGAUAGAUUUUUAGUGACGGUCCAGCUUUACACCUUAACAGCUGAACACAAAGAAAGAUAGAGCCUGCAACAAGCCAAUACGCUAUGCUGACUGUAUAGCACAAACUGUGUUAUUUGUAGAUGUGGCAUAUUUCUGUAGUUAUAUUGUGGCUUGUCAUCCUGGCAUAGUCAUUGCCUUGUUCACGUUCUAUGACUUGCAGUGUCUGACUUCCCUGUAGAUGUAGCGCCAUACAUAUAGAUCUAUGUGCCUUCAACUAAACACAUAUGGCUGCUGCUUGUUGCAUUUUUGGUGUUCUUGUGAUGAAACUGUUUCAGGAUAUACAGCUGUAUGAGCCUGUAGUCUAGGAGGUUUUUAUUCCCAUUGGCUGAUAUACAGAGCUGUAAAGGUAUGACAUUUCUUUGCAUCUUCAAUGGUUCGUUAAAUAUUUUUAAGGAAACCUAAUUGUUAUUAAACCAUUAUUAAAACCAACUGUUCAGCGAUUACAAUUAUGUUAAAUCCAUAUAUUGAUACAUUUCAUCUAUAAAAAGUAAGUACAUUAUGAUUAGACUUGGUUGUUAUAUGGUCUGUAUUGUGUGUUUGUGUGUGUUCUAAUUUUUUCCCCAGGAGGAAUAAACUAAAUGCUUCUUAACCAUUUUACUUAUGCAAUAUCUUGAGACAUUGCAUCUUUAACAUUAGGUUAUCUUUCGCUUGUGAGUUUUUUUGUAGAGGGGUGUAAAACUAUCCAAACUGCUUUGGAUUAAUACUGUUCAUGUCAUGUGUCUUUGACUAACGAUGUGCCAUGUUAACUUUGAUGAUACACUUGUGCCUUGUUUCUGUUUCUCACUAGUAUUGACCUGGUAUCCAGGACAUCACCACAUUUAGUGAUUCAUAACUCUAUCAAUAUUUGUCUGUCCCUGUGUACAGAUGUAGGAUCUUCAUUUGCUCAAUCUUCUGUUACUGAGAAUAUGCAAACUGUUACAGGAAAUGCAAACUUGUAGUGUAUUCAAGGUUUAAAAAGGCUUCUAAAGUUUGUAAUUUCCACUUUAAAAUAUCAGACUUGAUUUGCCCUAACGAAAAAUGUAUCAAACCCUACAAAAAUGUCAAUUUAUUAUAAUUUAUUAUAGUCCGACAUAUCAUUUAAAUUCCCUGUUGCUGCAUGAUUAUUUUCCUGCUGUAGCGAACUGUCUCAAAUUAAGAUCCUACAUGUGUAGCCUACAGCCGCAUGUGAAUAACAAUUAAAUAAAUGUAAUGUUGAACACUUCUGUUUUUAA